UGGAAAAAAAAAACAUGAGUAAGCAUUCCAGUUUUCAGAGUCAUCGUUUGAUUUGAGUAAUUUCAAUUAGCAGAAAGGAAAUUAGUUAUUUUCUCAUAAUCGAUAAAAAUAAAUAUUUAUGUAAAAAAAAAAAACGUGAGCUUGAGAUAAAAUUUUGUGUUAUCAUCAUGGAGUUUCCACAUUUAGGAAGACAUUGCUCGGAAAAAUCUUGCAACAAAUUGGAUUUCCUUCCAAUGAGUUGUGAUGCAUGCUUAUUGAUAUUUUGUUCGGACCACUUCAGCUAUCAAAAACAUAAAUGUACAUCAGCUCACAAAAAAGACGUUCAAGUGCCAGUGUGUCCAUUAUGCUCACUUCCAGUUCCUACACCACGAGGAAUUCUUCCCGAUAUCUCAAUUUCACAGCACAUUGACCAGUAUUGCAAAUCAGACAAGACAAAAAUUUUCAACAAUAAAUGCUCUUUCAGAGGUUGUAAGAAAAAAGAAUUGAUACCCGUUCAAUGUGGUCAAUGCAAAUUGAAUUUUUGCCUACGACAUCGUCACACAACGGACCAUGAAUGCAAUCCGAAAUCGGCAAGAUCAAAUUUGCUAGCGAAUGCUGCCAUGAAUCGUCAAAGUGCAAAUCAAUCAAACCAUUUGCAAUCGGUACAGGGUGGAAUGACUGAAGAUGAAGCUCUUGCACACGCGUUGGCACGUAGUAUACAAGAAUUGGAUGAAUCACACGAUCGAAACAGACGCAAUCAACAACAGACAGUGCCUUGCGGAGUUAGUAAUGCCAAUGCAAACAAGGAUAAAUGUUUACUCUCUUAGAUGCGUUCAAAAAAAAGAUUAGUUACAUGAGUCAAUCAAUUUAUAUAUUUAUUUCAUGAAGUAAUAUCAAAACUAUUAGAUUAUUAGACUUGCAAAAUCAAUACUAUGAUGAAAAGUGACGCAAUCUAUAAAAGAUUUUUUUCGGCAGAAAUUUAAAUUCAGUUAAUA